AUGGUUAACAACGGUACAGGCGGGGAAACUUAUUUUUUAAAGGCUGAUACAAAAGAUUCAGUGCAGUUAUGCUAUGUAAGAAAAGUUUCCCCAUAUGGGCUAUGGCGUGCCCAAAACCCCUUGAUGCAAGCUCUCCCCGUCCUUGUUAUGAGAAUGAUCAUCACCAUGUUCUUCACUCAUCUUUUGGUGCUCGUGUGCAAACCCUUGCACCAACCACGCAUUGUUCCUGAGAUUCUUGGAGGCAUGGCAUUGGGUGUUGUGAUCUUUUUGAAAUCAAAUAUAUUUCCUUUGAGUAGCUUGUUGACGUUAGAGACUGCGGGAAACUUUGCCCUUGUUUACCACAUGUUCCUGGUGGGUUUGGAGCUUGAUUUCAAACCAAUACUACGUGCUGGGAAGAAGUCACUCAGCAUUGCCCUUGUUGGCAUUGUCUUUUGUGUCCUUGUUGGUUUCGGCUUAUUUCGCUAUUUGCUAUACAGAGACUUUGACUACCAAACAAAAGCCAAGGGCACAAAGUACGGCCCAUUCUUUUGGGGCAUUGCCCUUGCCACCACCAACUUCUCGGACCUCGCCGGAAUCCUGGCGGACCUAAAACUUCUCUACUCUGAUAUUGGAGGACUCGCCUUAUCUGCCUCCGUUAUCUCCGACUUGUGCUCAUGGUUUCUUCUAUUGACGGUAAUGGCCAUAGUCAAUCAUAAUCAAAUUUUAGCGGUGACGUCCACCUUGGCUUUUGUAGGACUAUGCGUUUUCGUUGUACGUCCGGCUCUCUCGCGGAUUAUUAAUCGAAUCCGCGAGGGAGCCCGUGAGAGUAACAACAUCGACUACCACGGGCUCACAUGUUAUGUCAUGGCUGGGGUUGUGCUUUGUGGGUUAAUUACCGAUGCAGGAGGAUCACACUCCAUGGUAGGGCCUUUCAUAUUUGGAGCUAUUAUGCCUAGGGGAGAAUUCUCAAACACUCUUAUAGAGAAGCUCAGAACUUUUGUGCCUGUGGUGUUGAUGCCUAUCUACUACUCCGUCAACGGCGUAAGACUUUUGUGGCUAAGAUUGUAA